GUACUUCAUUUCUCAUAAACCAAACAAGACCUGGCAACAAGUUUUCUGGUUUGCCAUCAGCAUUGCCAUCAACAAUGCCUACAUCUUGUACAAAAUGUCCGAUGCCUACCAUGUGAGAAAAUACAGCCGAGUGCAGUUCGGCGAGAGACUUGUAAAAGAGCUGCUAGGCUUGGAGGAUACUUCACCUUGUCAUUGAUGGAUCGUUCCUGAUGGCUUAGGUUAGGAUGGGAGAGUGGAAGAGAAGGAGACUGAGGAGAAGAAGAUUCUGAAAUGCCAAAAUAAGGAGCAUCACAAAAUGACCAGGGAAGCCAUUCGAGUGUUUGGGGUUUUUGACAAAAGCCCACUUGAUAUUCAGAGGGCUCUGGUGCGAGCACCAUCUGAAAGCUGCACAUAUGAACGCACCGUGGGCACUUGUGCAUUAGAAGUGAAUUUAUGUUCGUAGCUAUUUCUUAAUACUAUUUGUCAAACAGGGUGUUAGUUGUUGUGUGAGCCCCCUUUCCUCCCCCAUUCCCCCCUACACUAACACAGCUUGACAGUUGAGACUGGGCAGUGCAUAUUCGAAUUUGGAUAGUGUGAUCAACACACAUUAUCAAGUGAGAUGUGCUGUCUUGUGGCUGUGAAUGUUCAGCACCUGGGGAGGGGGGUCACCAAGUCGUCUUUGGCAGAAAAAAUAUUGAAAAAUGUAUAAAUCUAUUUUGCAAGCCUAUUGUUAGGCAACGGCAACAAAGUCUUAGUGGGUUGAUGAAGAUUUUAUUUUCUUGCAGUGCUUUUGGAUCAUAGUGGUAAAUGAAAGCAAUUUUUUUAUAUAAAUGAGUGGUCAGAAGCUGGAGGAGCUUACCAAUCCAAACUAAAGUCAUGUUGCCACCUCUGAAGUCAAUGCAAGCUUUGGGGUUGACUUCAGUGAUGUCAUAUUAGGAACAUGAGAUUAUAAUUUAAUUGUAACAACAUGCCCCAUUACUUUCUCAAAUAUGAAUCCUAUGACAUAGUGUGAGAACUACAAAAGUUAAUCUGAGUUUCGAUUAUUUUUUUAAUGUCAGCUGAAUGUUCGUUUCUCCUGAGGGUUGUAUAAACACAGAUGCCCCAAUCCAAUGAUCCCCCUAUAGCUUGUGUGCUGUAUUCUCUGUGCAAACCUAAUCAGGAGUUUCACAACACAAGCAAGCAGAUUCAGAGUCCUAUUUGCCUUAUUGCAGAAUAUUGUUGUAUGUAAGCAAGCAAGCAAGCAAAGUCACCAUAGAAUGUGGGUAUACUAGACAGUAAAGUGGUUUUCCUACUGCUUUUUCUCAGCACCAAUAAGAAUAUACUGCCCAUUUAUUUAUUUUCCAUUCAUGUAGUACUUGUAGGACAUUAUGUCAUUAUCAUGUGACAGCAUCUGUGGGUUGCGUUCAUAAUAACAAUGUGCAAUUUCUCCCAUUUUCUCUUUCUUCCUCAACCCUGACACUUUCUAAAGUUAGGACCAAUUUGCUGGGCAUUUUUAAUUUAAUGCUUUAAUUUACAGGAAAUAAUAGUCCACCAAUAGAAACAUGUUUUGUAUCUGCACACCUGGGAUAUUCUAUAGGACUGGUUAGAAGGUAUGUCUACUCAUAAUACUAAAAUGUGUUAUCAUAGGUUAGGUUGGUUUUGUUUUUAAGGCUAAGUUGGCAAUAUGAAAGAAGCAAUAUUAAAAGUGUUCUUCUUCUAAGUAAACACUGUAAUAGGGCAUGUUCAUAGGUCAUGAGAACCACCGCCCAAUGGCAGACUAUUUUCAGGGAGAAGACAGGCAAAGGAAAAAAGGAAACCUGCACAUUGAAUGAAGUGUUCUUCUAUCACUACGUCAUAAAUGACAGCUUAGAUUCACAACUCAAUCAAAGAGCUUAAUGUGAGGAUAUCCAUUUAUGUGCUCCCCUCACUUUUCUGUGGCAUUCAGUUGAACGUGUAAAGCAGCUAUCAUGAAUGUUGCUUGUUAGUGAGAAAUGCUGUUCCUUCUCUAACUGUACAUUUGGGCUGAUCUUUAGAACAUUAAACUAAAACAGAAAGGGCUA